GGAAGCGGCGGCGGCGGCGGCCGGGAUGGGACCGGGCGGCGCGUGCUGGAGGGUCCCGCGCGGUUUCAAGCGGUGGCUCUCCUCCUCCUCCUCUUCUUCCUCCUCUGGCCCGGCUCCCCGUGUUUGUGUGGUGGGCAGUGGACCCGCCGGCUUUUACACGGCUCAGCACAUCCUGAAGCACCAUGGCGGGGCCCGAGUGGACAUCUAUGAGAAGCUGCCUGUUCCCUUUGGACUCGUCCGUUUUGGGGUGGCCCCUGACCACCCCGAGGUGAAGAACGUGAUCAACGCCUUCACGCAGACGGCGCGCUCGGAGCGCUGCGCCUACUACGGAAACGUCACCGUGGGGAGGGACGUCACGGUGGCAGAGCUGCGGCAGGCUUACCACGCUGUGGUGCUGAGUUAUGGUGCUGAAGAUAACCGGGUGCUGGGGAUCCCAGGGGAGAACCUCUCCGGCGUUUAUUCGGCCCGAGAGUUCGUGGGCUGGUACAACGGGCUGCCCGAGAACCGGGAUCUGAAGCCUGACCUGAGCUGCGAGACGGCGCUGAUUCUGGGUCACGGCAACGUGGCUCUGGAUAUCGCCCGGAUCCUCCUGUCCCCACUGGAUCUCCUCAGGAAGACAGACAUCACUGAUGGCUCCCUGGCAGCUCUUGCCUGCAGCAAGGUGAAGCGCGUCUGGCUGGUUGGGAGGAGGGGACCUCUCCAAGUCGCUUUCACGAUCAAGGAGCUGCGGGAGAUGAUAAACCUGCCCGGUGCCAGGCCUGUCCUCAACCCUGCUGACUUCACAGGCCUCGAAAAUGCUGUUAAAGAUGCCCCCAGACCCAGGAAGCGACUGACUGAGCUGAUGAUCAAAACAGCCCUGGAGAAGCCUGGGGAGAAGAUGACGGAGGCGCAGGCAGCACCCCCCCGGGAGUGGGGGCUGAAGUUCCAGCGCAGCCCCCAGGAGGUGCUGCCCACCGCUGACGGGAGGCGGGCGAGGGGCAUCCGCAUGGCCCUGACCCGCCUGGAGGGUUCGGGUGACUCCGCCAAAGCCAUCCCCACUGGAGAUGUGGAGGAGCUGGAGUGUGGGCUGGUGCUGAGCAGCAUUGGCUACCGGAGCCUGCCCCUGGACCCGGCGGUACCCUUCGACACCCAGCGUGGCAUUAUCCCCAACAGCUCGGGCAGAGUGGAGGGUGUCCCAGGUCUGUACUGCAGCGGGUGGGUGAAGAGAGGACCCACGGGCGUCAUCAUCACCACCAUGAACGACAGCUUUGACACUGCCCAGUCUGUGCUGGAGGAUCUCCAGGUGGGCACGCUGGACGUGUCCACCUCCAGAGAAGGUUUUGGAGCCGUGGAGAGCAUCCUGCGCAGCCGAGGGGUCCGUCCCGUUUCCUUCUCGGACUGGGAGAAGAUAGAUGCUGCUGAAGUGGCAAGAGGCAAAGCUGCUGGCAAACCCCGAGAGAAGAUAGUGGAUCCUCAGGAGAUGCUGGCGCUGAUCGGUCACUAAGGCAGCAGCAGUGGGAACGUGGCACUGGUCCAACUGGUACUGUCCUGGGGCAAUGCCAGGAGGUUACAGGCUGGGCCCAGGAGCACCAGGGCUUGUGCCCAGGGCUGGUGGCUGCUCUGGAGAGGUGGUGACACUUGAGCCUCCUCUAGUAACGAUGAACUCUGGGUUCCCAAAGUGAAUGUCUCAAAAGAUCUGAGGCUGCUGGCUGUCCCCCUGUCCCCGCAGCCGGCUCAAACUCCUGGGGGUGAUUCUUGUCACUCGGGUCCUUCAAGCAUUAAGAAAUUGGCUGGCGUGGGGGAGGGAAGGUGUGCACCUCGCAGCAGUCCUGGCCAGACACCUUCCCCCCGUGGCAAGUCCCACAGAGAAACUUCCUUGUGUCUUGCUGCCUUGAGCCAAACGGCUUCGUUGCCUUGUCAUUUGUGCCCAAGAAGGAUUCUUUUAAUAAUAAUAAUUGUUUUGUAAAUAAACCUUUCCAGGGAAGCCAAAUCCAA